UGUAUGUAUACUGUAUAUAUAUAUACACACCACUGUGACAGAGACACUGUGGAAGAGUCACAUAUCAGAGGAAGCCUUGCUACUGACAACACACCCUCAGGUCUUGCAACUGCCACCAUGGGGGCUCUGCUGUGGGAUCUCUUGCUGCUGUGUUUGUUUGCCCACGUGCUCGGCGACUGUCAGAGGGACUGCCUGAGCUGCAACAGACACUUGUACAACCAACAGGACAACUUCAACGUUCUCGUCUGCAUCAUGGAGUGCGAAGGGAAGGCCUUUUCGAGUACCACCUGGGAGCUUUGCACCAAAGUGGCUGGGAAGUCGUCCAUACAGGUGAGCGCUGACAGCCUGGAAGAAGAUUCCUACCAGCCCUUAGAGAUGGACGAUAGUGGCCUGUUCAGAGGCAGCCGGAAGCACUUCGAUGACCUCACCAAAGUGGUGGAUCUUAGCAAAGUGGAAGGUGAGAAGAGAGUUUCCAAGGUGAGCAGCCUGAUCCGCCAGCGGGAGGUGGACGAGGGUGUCAGCAAUGGGAGUGAGACCCCGCUGGGUGACUUCCAAGAGCAGCCCAAGGAUAUUUCCAAGCGGCUCGGUGGCUUCCUCAAAGGAAAGUACAGUUACAGGCAGGUGCUGGAGCCCACCGUGCAGGGGGUGCAGAAGCGGUACGGGGGCUUCAUCGGGGUCAGGAAGUCGGCCCGGAAGUGGAACAACCAGAAGAGGUUUAGCGAGUUCUUGAAGCAGUACCUGGGCAUGUCACCGCGCUCCAGCGAGUACGAUAGCUUAACCAAUGACCUGAAUGAACAGAACGAGAUCUAACCGGAAACUCUGUUUCAUGUCACUGACACAUAGUGAAUCGGUUUAAGUCUGCCGUGGCCAAAGAAGUCAACCCCUUCCCUGAUCCCAAAGAGCCUGUGUUAGGAAUGGUUCACCAGACCCAACUGGAUUCAUUGCUGCUCAGAGUCAAGGGGGGAAAGCCGCGUGGUGGUUGUUUCUGAAUCAUCCAAUGUAUUUAUUAAUUCUUCUACAUUUUCAUGGCACUUUUGAAGGCAAAUAUAAGACAACUGUCCCUGCCCUGAGCUUACAGUCUAGGUUUACUAGAGAGAGAGGGAGAAUCAGUCAGGUUUCUCUUUUCACAUUCAAAAUGGAUUUCCAAGUGUUUUGGUCCCUGAGGAUAUGUCUACACUGCAAUUAGACACUCAUGGCUGGCCCGUGCCAGCUGACUCAGGCUCGGGCUAAGGAGUUGUUUAAUUGCAUGGGCUCGGGCUGCAGCUCGAGCGCUGGGACCCUCCCAUCUCGCAGGGUCCUAAAGCCCGAGCUGAAAGCCUACACUGCAAUUAAACUGCCAGUUAGCCUGAGCCCCACGAGCCUGACGCAGUUGGCACAGGCCAGCAGCCGGUUUUUAAUUGCAGCGUAGAUGUACCCUAAGUCUCAUAGGGCUCCAUGAGCAACUCAAACCUCCACUAACUACAGAAUCCACCAACCUAUGGGGCCUGUGACCCAUUACCACCAAGGUAGUCCCCCUCCAGAGCAGCCAAGGGAAAUCCCAUGGCCAUCCCUCUCUACCUGGGACCAGCAUGCCCUGGGGGAUACAAUUUCUAGCCCAACAAGAUGGAGUUGUUAAAAUCAGUCAUGUCACUCUUUCCUUCUUCAACUUGGGCUUCUGUUUUUUAAAAUGUAGCCCUUCCAAACCUAACACCCAUGCGGCUCUCCCUGCUCCACCUGGGGAUCUUUGUUUAUUUUAAAUACAUUUUCUUCAGGUUAAAUGUGCUGGAUUCAGGGCCAGCUCUAG